AUAUAAUUGGUUCAAAUCUCCCCUUGAAGUACCACUUCGAUAUCUCCUCUCUUCUCUUUAAACAAAACCCUAGCAGCUUGGAGCGGCAUCAAGCUUAAAACAAAAAUGGGGUUUGAUGAUAUUUGCAGCACUGGCCUUGGUCUUGGUCUAAGUCUAGGUUUAGGUUGCCUUGUUAAGCAAGAAACCUUUCCUCAUCGACGGAAGAAGAAGAAAUCGUGGAUGGCAAAUGGCCUUUUCUGCCCGUCCCUGACAUUAGGUUCAUCGGAUGAUGCUAGUAAAGCACAUGCCAAUGACGAGUUGAUCGAUUUGCACCGGCAAGCAUCUUCUGUCACCGUGGCGUCUUCGUUUCCGGACUCUGGUGUGAAGAAAGAGAGCGGUUUUGGCGGUGGCGCGGAGGUAGAAUUUGAGAAGGUUUCUUCAAGGGUCAGUGAUGAAGAUGAUGAAGGAAGCCAUAGAAAGAAACUUAGGCUUAGCAAACGACAGUCUGCGAUUUUAGAAGAUAGCUUCAAAGAGCACACCACUCUCAAUCCUAAAAAGAAGCAAGCUUUAGCAGAUCAGUUGAAUCUAAGGCCACGGCAAGUGGAAGUAUGGUUCCAAAAUAGGAGAGCCAGGACCAAGUUGAAACAGACCGAAGUGGAUUGUGAGUUGCUGAAAAGAAGUUGUGAAACGCUAACAGAAGAGAACAAGAGCUUGCACAAGGAACUACAAGAGCUUAAAUUAUGGAAACAAACUGCAUCUUAUUGUAUGCAGCCCCCUGCGGCCGCCGUCCUCACCGUGUGCCCUUCCUGCGAGAGAGUUGCCAACGGCGGCGAAGACGCUUCGGGUUUUAAAAUCAGAACCAAAGCUCACUUGUUCACUCACCCUUCUGCUGCCUGCAGCUAAGGCAACCGGUUGAGGCCAUGAAAACACUGCUGCAACUUUGUUCAUGGCUCA